UCACUUCAGCGCCAACCCAAGGAGCCGAGCCGGAACGAAAUGAGUCUUCUUGUCUGGUCCCGUCCCAUUCUUAUUCACAUUCCAAUUCCAUUCCAUCAAUGAGAAUGGCUGCCGCUGCUGCUGCUUCUUCUUCGGGUUCCUUCUUCAUUCUUCGGGGGGCCUAUGCCACUGCCACUGCCACUGCUGCAAGUUUGAAAGCCUCCCCAAGAACCGCCUUCUCCCUAUUCAGUCCCCACAGAUUGAGAUUAUCGCCUACCCCUUCUCUCUCUCGCAGAUCGGUUUCCUAUGUACGUGCUACAGGCAAUGAAGAGGAUGCAGCCAAAGCAGCUGCUGCAACUGCUGACAGUGGAGCUUCUACCAUAUUUGAUAAGAUCAUAAACAAGGAAAUCCCUUCAACCAUAGUGUACGAGGAUGAUAAGGUCCUGGCAUUUCGUGACGUCAACCCCCAAGCUCCUGUCCAUGUUCUUGUCAUUCCAAAACUGAGAGAUGGUUUAACUCAGCUGGGAAAGGCUGAGGAGAGACAUGGGAAUAUACUGGGCCGGCUUAUGUGUGCUGCAAAAAUAGUGGCUGAAAAGGAGGGCAUUCUUGAUGGUUUUCGCGUGGUCAUCAACAAUGGUCCUGGUGCCUGUCAAUCUGUUUAUCAUCUCCAUUUGCAUGUUCUUGGGGGCAGGCAGAUGAAGUGGCCUCCCGGUUGAAGACCUUGUGCUUCCUGCAGCUUGUGUCUAUAUAUAUAUACAUAUAUAUAUAUAUAUAUAUAUGUAUGUAUUGUGAUCAAUUUUGAAACUUCUGAUCUUAAUUUUACUCAAUAAUAUUAUGCAUGCAUGGAUUUUAAUUUUUGUCUAA